GAGCACUCGUUGGGGAAGGCAAGCAGGCAAGCAAAUCAUUGCGUCCGCUUUGUGGGUUACACCUUUUUACAUUAAUAAGGACGCGCGCGGGACUACCUAGGUAGACUGGGGAUAUAACUCCAGCAAAGGGCGGAUGUCUUGUUGGUCAGCUUUGACAUUUUAGUCUUUCACGAGAGACUGUAUUGGUUCAGUUUUCGGCCCACGGAGCUUGCGGCGCGCCGGUUGAGUGUUGCCGUCCUUAAUCCCACCUUUUCUCCCCUCAAACAUUUCCAUUCCCGAUUCCUGACCACCUCGUCAUUGUUUCCCACACCUUUGUUAGGUCCGAGGGGGAAAAAAAAAGGAGCCAAACCCCAAAUACCCCACAUCCCGCCACCUUUCCGACGGGUGGGCCGAACGACUCUACUCCGUGUGUUGCUUUCCUUUCCGAACCGGUCUUCAGCCCUUUAGGUGUAGACCUUGCCCCUCUACUCCAUACAACUUCCACCCCUCCAAAGCUACAAUCCUCCUCGCUUCCUUUCUUUCUACUACGGUGUAGGAGAGUCGCAUUCCUAUUUCCAUUCCUUUUCUACAAUCGCUUGAUUUGUUCCCUAAAGAGCGCAGAAAAAAGACGACAACCAUGACGUCCGCAUUCAAGUCCUUCGUCACGGGCGCCAAAAAGUUCGCCCUGGGCACCGCCCACGGCGUAUCGGCCCUCGACCUCUUCCCCAAGACGGACCCGGCCGUCGACGGCGAGGACUGCGAGCACGACUGCGAGAGCUGCCACGUGAAAUACCCCAAGGGCUUCAAGAUUGACGAGGGCGACGAGCUGUACGGCAUGGUCAAGGGGUGGAGCACGCACGCGCUCGUGGCGACGGGGAAGAGCGAUUGGGUGCGGGACGUGGCGGACGAGAAGGGGAGUGUUAUGGAGGCUAUUGGGCGGGCUGCGGCGCCGAGUAAUGGGAAACUCAUGCUCUCCGCCUCCAAUAUCCCGACACCGAACCACUCGAGCGACUACACCGAACCCACGACGGUCCUCCUCCUCCCGGCCUUUGUCAUCAUCGACCACGUCACACCCAAGAGCGUGCCGGAGCUCAUUACCGAGUUCGUAGACAAGGCGCCGACAAACACCUCCCCCCUCGCGCCGCUCGCCCUUCCGACCUCCGUCCCCGUAGCAUCGACAAACGGCAACGGCACCACUGACACGAGCGCGGCCGCACCGAGCAUACCCCCCGAAAUCUCCCGCCGCCCGUGCCCGCACAGCGCGCUGAUCCUCCUCUGCUCGCAAAAGACGCGCGACGCCCGCUGCGGCCAGUCGGCGCCGCUGCUGCGCAAGGAGCUGGAGCGCCACCUCCGGCCCUUGGGGCUCUUCCGCGACAUGGACGACGAGAGGCCCGGCGGUGUGGGGAUCUACUUCAUCUCGCACGUCGGCGGGCACAAGUACAGCGCCAACGUGAUGGUGUACCGCCGGCCCGACGCCUUUGGGCUCGACGAGGCGGAGCGCGUCAAGGAGGGAGGAGGGGAGCUGGUGCCCAAGGCGAGGACGGCGGCCGCGCUGCCGGAGACGGAGGACGUGGGUGCUGCGCAGUGUAUCUGGCUUGCGCGGAUCAAGCCUGAGGAUUGUGAGAAUUUGGUAAAGUAUACGGUUUUGCAGGGUAAGGUUGUGAAGCCUGAGACGCAGUUGAGGGGUGGUUUUGAUAGGGCCAAGGGGAUAAUGAGUUGGUGAGAGCCCGUUUUUCUGGUCUCUUUUUUUUCUUCUGUUUUUGUUGAAUUCUUAGAAGCGACUUUGGGCGCAUCCGUGGGGGAUCAUGAUCAGGGCCAUUGGGAUACAGGUCUGGGGGGCGUUGGAGGAUACGGCAGGCACAUAGAGGAAGACCGGACGGUAUUUGGUAGACGAGAGCUUUCGAUAGACGAGGGUUUGAGCUUUGCAGAAUGGUGUGCGAGUGCCAAUAUACCUACCUAUCAUGCUUACAACCUUUUGAGAGGAUUCAAGCUUUGGAGGGUGGAACAGGAGAAUGUCUAGAUGUAAGCCAGCUGUGUAGACGAUGUGGAGGUGGCCG